UAUGUCAGGAGAUUCAUCAUAUUCAGAAGGGACCGGUUGGAUAUAAUGGUUUUGUAAUAUGGAAGAUCAUCAAUUUUUAUGUGAAGUUGAUAGUGAUUUUAUAAGAGACAACUUCAAUUUGUAUGGUUUGAAAAGCAAGUUCAAUUUUUAUAAGUAAAUAUCAAAACUCAACAAUUAGUGAAGCUUUGGAUUUGAUUUUAAGUUCUGAGACUCCUGACGAUGAAGAUUUAGAAGAUGAAAGAUUCCUAGAAGUUUAUUAAGAAGCUACAGAUUUAUAUGGAUUAAUUCAUGCCAGAUUCAUAAUUACAGCCAAAGGUAUUAAUAUCAAUUAUUUAAUAGGUUUGGCUUUAAUGAAGGAUAAGUUUUUAUCAGGAAAAUUUGGUGCUUGUCCAAGAGUAUUAUGUGACAGAUCAAAUGUAUUACCUGUUGGAAUGAGUGAAGAAUUACGAACUUCUAGAGUAAAAGUAUUCUGUCCAAGAUGUGAAGAGGUCUACAUUCCAAAAAAGAAAUGUCCAGAUGUAGAUGGUGCAUAUUUUGGAUGUUCAUUUCCGUCAAUCUUCAUCAUGGUAUGAUGAUGGUUAAUUUAAUAAGAAUUUUGUUUAAGAAAUUCAGAUUGCUCCUAAUAAUUAAUAGUAUGUUCCCAGGAUUUUUGGAUUUAGAGUGUUUAAAAAGAAAGGAUCUCGUUAUCAAGAUAUGUAAUAAAAACCUACUGAAAUCACACAUUAUUCUGAGGAAUAAUUAAAGAAGUUAAGAGGUAAAAAUGAAUAGCAAAGCAAAGAGGAUUAUGUUCAAAAAUGAAUAUAGGUAAUUUGUUUUUAUUAUUAAAAUUUUUAAAUCUUUUUUAAAUUAAUAUGCCUAAGGAAAUUCAAGAUGUUAAGGUAUUCCUUUCACUCAUGAAGGGUAGUGAAGCAUAAGGCAAAGACCCAAAUAAAGAACCAAAAAAGAGUAGAAAUUUUAUCUAAUUUUGAUAGAUCUUUAUAUCAAAGAGUCAAAGAAGAUCACCAAAUUCAAGUUGAGAGGAAAGAAAUAUCUCUUUACCUUCAAAACUGCUGAUAAGAAUAAGGCCUAAAAAAUUCAAUAAACACUUCCAUAAAGUAUUUAACCUAAUUCACAAUUACUUAGAUGUCAAUAAAAUUGUUAUUGGUGCAGGUGGAAAGAAACAAUAAACCAAAAAGAAGUAAAAGAAAUGAA